AUGAAUUUCAGCACCGCACAGCCCCCCUCGAGGUCCUGCCCCUGGGACCCCUUCAUAACUCAGCGAAUCGUCCCUGCGCUCUACCUCGUGGUCUUCGUGGCAGGCAUCCUGCUCAACGGCGUGUCGGCCUGGGCCUUCUUCUACGUGCCCAGCUCCAAGAGCUUCAUCGUCUAUCUCAAGAACACCGUCGUUGCCGACUUUCUGAUGAGUCUCACCUUUCCUUUCAAGAUUCUGGGUGACUCGGGCCUGGGCCCCUGGCAGCUGAAGGUGUUUGUGUGCAGGGUCUCCGCGGUGCUCUUCUACGUCAGCAUGUACGUCAGCAUCGUGUUCUUCGGGCUCAUUGGCUUCGACAGGUACUACAAAAUCGUGAGACCGCUGCGGACGUCCUUCCUGCAGUCCCUGAACCACAGCAAACUCCUGUCGGCGAUGGUGUGGGUGCUGAUGCUCCUUCUCGCUGCCCCCAACAGCAUCCUGACCAACCGCAGCGCCAGGCAGGUGACGCACAUCAAAUGCGUGGAGCUGAAAAAUGUCCUGGGCCUGAAGUGGCACAAAGCCUCCAACUAUAUCUUUGUGGGCGUCUUCUGGAUUGUGUUUCUUUUGUUAAUCGUCUUCUACACUGCUAUCACGAGGAAGAUCUUUAAGUCCCACCUCAAGUCCAAAAGGAAAUCCAUCUCGGUCAAGAAGAAAUCCAGCCGCAAUAUAUUCAGCAUCAUGUUCGUGUUUGUUGUCUGUUUUGUGCCUUACCACAUCGCCAGAAUCCCCUACACGCAGAGCCAAACAGAGGCUCAUUACAGCUGCCGCUCAAAAGAAACCUUGCACUACGUGAAAGAAUUCACUCUGGUCCUGUCGGCUGCAAACGUCUGCCUGGACCCCAUUAUUUAUUUCUUUCUCUGCCAGCCAUUUAGAGAAAUCUUAUGUAAGAAACUGCACAUCCCAUUAAAAGCUCAGCAUGACUCAGACACUUCCAAGACUAAAAGGGGAAACACACUGCAUGAAAGCACGGACGCUCUGUGAUUUCCCACCUCCUUGCAAAUAAAGCCCACGUGUACAUACUGUAAUCCGCAAUUACAUACUAAGAGGCACGAAUAAGAAACGUGCCCGUGAUCCUAAGUAUUAUCUGUAAGCAUUACUGUCCAAUUUAGUACAAGAAUAAAUUAAAAAGGUAAGUUCCCAUGCUUUUUUGUGACAUCAA